GACGUUUUCUUUCACUUGAUCAAAUUCGCUCUGCUGUUAUUGAGCUGCGAAAGCUAAACGAAAAUUGUUAAAAUUUUAUUGCAAAUUAAUUGUGAGUAAUGUUUGAAUUGGUAUUAGCAGGCAGACGGUAAAAUAAUCGAUUUGAAUACAUAGUGAAAUUGUAAUAUUUAAAUGAAAAAUAGCAAAUGUCUCGAGCGGCCGAAUAAAAAUUUCACUACGCGACUCCCAUUUUCGGUUAGGGUCGUGGCUCGCGUGUUAAACAUAUGUGCGAGAUAGAGAAAGCCACUGCUUGCGGCUGCAUGUAGCAAGUGUGCGUGCGAACGAGCAGACAAGUGUUGUUUUAUUUUUUUUUGUCGUUUUGGUGUAAAGUUGAAGAAAAUUUUUGAGCAAAGAAUUUAAUAAUGAGAUAAUCUUUGUAUUUAUCCAAAUAACAUCAGCGAAGUGAAAGAAAAGCCAAACAAAUUGUUAAUUGUUUAUAUAAUUAAUUGAAUUUGAAGUAAUUGUGUUGAGGAAGUGCGUGUUAUGUGGCUAAAUAUCGAUAAGUCGCAACAGCUGAUGCAUUGGUGCGUUUAAUCUUUACUAGCAAACCCCCACGCCGGUGGGGCUUAAAGCAUUAUAACAAAAAAAGAAGCAAAAAACACGCCAGAGAGUGAUUCACAAGUUUUAAGCAGGCGUAGCACCUUUCCAAAACUGCACUAGCUUAUGCUUAUUAAUGUGGAAUUUGUUGUUGAAAUAUUUGUGUGUCUAUGAGAUACGUGUGAAAGAAAGUUUCGUUUAGGAAGGCUUUUAGCUUUCUUCUUUUUUUUUGUUGCAUGAAUCGAAGGAUUGAUUGCUGUUGUCUUCUUGUGGAUUACGGUGCUCGUGGCUGAGCGAAAGACGAUUGCGACGACCACGACCACAACGACAACGACGACUAUCGGACGGAUCGGUUCUUGAAACGACCCGCUGCUGGUCAUUUGGGAGAAGUUAUACGUCUGAUCUGGAUAUAAUUGAUGCAUGAUGGAUGCUGGACAGCAAGAAACUAGACAGGCACAUCAUCGUGCUUCCGUGAAGUGGCUGCUCGCCAAAGCCUUCAACAAUAAUAUUCCAGACAAUUUGCGUGAACCCUUCUAUACCGAUCAUGACAAUCAGGAACGGCUGAAACCGCAAAUUGUUGUGGAAAUGGGAAAUGCAACGCUAUACUGCCAGACAUUAUCCAACAUAUAUUCGGAUCCGAAUUAUCAAAGUCUGAAUCAUUGGUCCAUAUUGCAGACAUUGUCACGUAAGGGUGUGCCAGUCGCUGAGUCACCAGAGAUGCCAUUAACCGAAACGGUUUUGAUACAAACAAAUCCUUUGAGGAUAAACGCCCACAUGUCCGUGAUUCAAUCACUAAUGACUUUGUACGCAAAGGAAAUAACUUCGGGCGAUCGCAUAGCUAACGCUGUUGCCAGAAUUACAGGUAAUAAUGGUCAAACGUUACCACACGAUCAGCCAUUCGAUCAGCUGCUGUUGCUGUGGAUCUCACAUGCGUGUACUUCGUUGAAGAAACGUAUAGCCCGUGAUGUCGAAUUGGGCGCAACGGAUGAAAAUGGCGUGCGCCUACAAGUGCCCAACAUUCCAGCAGUGCACGAUUAUCAGAGCUUAUGUGAUGGCGUUUGUUUAGCUUUAUUUAUAUCGUAUUAUUGCCCGAAAGCGCUACCAUGGACGCUUGUCCGUAUUAAUUACUUACCAGCCGUCGAGGAUUCCGUACACAAUGUGUCUUUAGUCAGCAAUUUUUGUCAAAAACAUUUGCCAUAUAAUGUGUUCCAUAUGAUGCCCGAAGAUGUUACAUACAUGCGCAAUUCAAUGAAGCUGAAUUUAGUUGUACUUUUGGCGGAUUUAUUUCUACUCUUCGAAAUCCAUCCUGCAAAAUGUGUUUGCUAUCCAGGCAUGGAUGCGCCAGAGAUCAUCAGUAAGCGUUACUUUGGCGUUAAUGAGCAUGGAAUAUGUCAUCGCAGGGGUCUCACAAUGCAGCCCGUCAUACCAAUUCCAGAUCUGAGAAGCGAUUCAGAUUCGAAUUAUGGCUCGCCAACGAAUCGACCUCCAUUUCAAGUUUCGAAUUCGGCCUCGUCAGAAGUAGUGUAUGGAAAUAAUACUGCAACAAUAAUGCAAAAUGCGGGGUUAAGAAAUUCGGAAAACGAAGCAUUUGUUGUUCAUAAGUCACGUGGCGUUACAACCCUAUCGUCGUUGCACUCACAACAACAACAACACAAUCAACAGCAACAGGAGCCAUUGGUUCCCGCACGUUUGCGUCAAUCGAAAGAAAAAUCAAAUAUCGAGACUAAGGCUGAUGAAAGAGGUGAUUACGUACCGGCAGGCAGACCCAGCAAUUGGGAACAAAAUCGGCGUCCUAGUUAUGCAGGACGACGCUCACGCCGAAACUCAUCCAGCGAAGACUCACAAUUGACAAUUGAGAAUUUCGGUGGCUCUCAAGAUCAAUUGAAUGCGGUCGGACGUUUUGAGCGCGAGCGUGAGCGUGAACGCGAACGCAAGCUAUCCAAUGUUAGUGUGGAACCCGCUGUCGCCGUACGCUCCUCCAUUGCCGAUGCACGCGGCACGCUACAACUUGGCUACGAUACCGAUUCGGGUUCGGAGAAACAGGAUCGUGAGACCGAAAAAUAUUUAAUGAAGCGGCAUGCAAGCACCGAUAAUGUCAACAUGAAUGCCUCCAAUACUCAACUGAACAGCAUUGUCAGCACGGUUAGCAGUCCGAUGCCCUCGACACGCCGUCAACACCCCAUUGAAAAAGACAAUCUGGAAGAGCAGUAUGCCGAACGCAAGGACAGCAGCACGAAUGAUUAUGAGCAAACGUUGACCAGACGCUCAACACAAAGUUCUGGCUCAAGCAAAGUGGAGGCUUGGAAUAAUAGUAAAAUUGAUCCCUACGACGAUGAUCUGCGCACGCUGGAGAACGCUUCCAAAUUGUCCAAUAUACGCAUGAAACUCGAAGAGAAGCGUUUACGCAUCGAACAGGAUAAGCGACGCAUUGAAAUGGCCUUGUUGCGUCAUCAGGAAAAGCUUGCACGCGAGGAUUUGGAUGCCUCGUCGGAGGUGUUGAAAUGGGAGACAUUGAGUAACGAUUCCAAUCGCACGCCAGAUCUUGAUCCGCUCGACUUGGAUAAGUAUCAGCAAAGUCUGGCUAUUAUGAAUAUGAAUUUACAGGAUAUACAACAGGAUAUUCAAAAGCUAACAGUCCAACAAAACCAAAUACAAGCACAACAAUUGCAAGCGCAACAACUGAUGCACGCACAGCAUAUGGCCAACAUGUUGAAUCAGCCACCGUACGGUUCACAACAACAUCUCAGCGACAAUUUCAAUCAAAUGCAAAUGCAACAACAACAGCACAAUUUCGGUUCGACACCACAUCUUGCACAUUCCCCAUACAAUCCACAUGCCAAUCUCUACAACUCGCGUCCGCCCAGUCGCGAUCCCUACCAACAACAACAACAGCAACAAAUGCCAUCAAUGCCAAUGCAAUAUAUAAACGAACACGGGCAAUAUGUGUCGCCACAGCAGCCGCCACCAAUGAUGCAACAACAACCACACUAUAUGCAACCACAGAAGUUAUAUAACGAUAAUAUGGUUCCUUACAACAACCACGUAUACGGUGGACCACCCGGUCCGCCACAAUACGCACCACACCACAACCAAACGCCACCACAAUACAUGAAUCGGGCCAGCAUGUACGAUGAUUACGGCCGUGAUCCGAGCUCACCACAACCGAAUCCCAUGUAUCCGCAUGAAAUGUCGCCGCAACCAGCGCAACCGCAACGACGGACGUGGAAUCAGUCGGUGUACGAGCAGCAGCAACAACAACAACAGUAUCAGCAGUCGCAAGCGCCUUUGGUGGAUGUGAAUGCCUGGCAACAGCAAAAGCAACGUUCAACGCUGCCCAUGGACGGCAACUACACUUGGAAGAAGUCCAAUCAAAUGGCGGGCAACAGUGGACGUGAAGGUGGAUUUGUGUUGCACCAAAACGAUGGCGGUGGUGAGUAUCAGCAUCUCUUCCGCUCCUCACCGCAGCACAUGCAACACAACAGCAACGAUGGCGGCGGCGGCGGUGGCGGUGGCGGUCUGCAGCGUCAACACUCCAUCACCAAUAUGCCAAUGACAACGAAACAAGCGCCGCCAACAGCGGCGACGUCUUCCUCAAAUUCUUCGGGUGGCCAACAAAUGUGCGAUGAUAUGAUGGCGCCACAGAGCAUAUGCUUUAUUGGCGAUGAGGAUGAUGUGGAGGAGUUGGAACGUAAUAUAAUCGAAUCGAUGCAGCAUACGCGCAUCGCCGACUAUGCACACCAGCAGCAGCAGUAUCAAAUGCAGCAGCAGCAACAGCAACAACAACAGCAACACUAUCAACAGCACGGCAGUGACGGCAGCUACGACGGUGGCAACGAGCUGUUGCCGCAAAAGUUGCACAUAACCAGCGGCAACCUCACCUAUCGCAUACCGUCGCCGUCCAGACCCGCUGUCAACGCCAACAGUUUUCAGGAUCCACGCGAUGCGAAAACCGAGAAAGGCUUUUACAUUUCAUUCGACGAUAACCAACCCAAGCGCCCGAAACCACCCUUGCGUGCGAAACGUUCGCCGAAGAAGGAGCGUAGCAUGGAUAGCACCGAUCACCAGGCGGUGUCCGGCAUCAAAAUGGAACCACUCAAUCGUUCGCACAGCAUCAGCGAAGACAACAACCCAACCUACAAUGGUGGCACGCUGUUGCGUCAGUACGCCGGUGGCGUUGGCAAUAUGGAUACGCUUAAGAAUGGUGGCAAAAUGAACGACAUUAAUACGGCUACAUACAAUAAGUACACGGAUGCGCCUAUACAGUUACGCCAUGAUGACCUCAAUAGCCAAAAAGCGCCAGUAGCGCAACCACGUUCGCCCGUACAUCAAUUCAGUGUGUCUGCGACGGCGGCGGCACUGUCGUCCUCACCGCCCAUAACGCGUAGUCAUCAAACUACAAAUGCUGCCGGUGCGGGUGGUAGCAGUAGUCAGGCGAAGGCGUUGGUCAUCGGCACCGAUGUGAGCAACUUGGAUCGGGAAUCUAUCGAUGAAAUGGAGCGUCGCAAAGAAAAAAUCAUGCUGCAGUCACUACAGCGCCGCCAACAGCAAGAGGAGGCGAAGGCGCGUAAAGAAAUCGAAGCGGCACGCAAGCGUGAAAUGGAGCGUGAGAAGGAAGAGGAGAAGGCGCGCAAGAAAGAAGAACAAAUGGCGCGACGAGCGGCAAUUUUGGAACAACAUCGAUUGAAAAAGGCCAUCGAAGAGGCCGAACGGGAGGGUAAGACGCUUGAUCGCGAAUUAACAAUGAAACAGUCAGCACAGAAUUCCACAACGCCACGUCUGCGUCAAACGCGUCCCACACGGCCACGUCCCAAGACCAUACAUGUCGAUGACGGUUCUGUGGACUUGAGUGAGGCAUCGAGUAUUUCUAGUCGUAGUAAAAAAGGUUCUAGUACCAAUCUAACAGCCUACGGUACAUUGAGCAAUUCCAACACGCUGAGAAGAGAUUUUUAUAGAGGCUCGCACGAUUCUCUAACUGUGAAAGAAUCACCUGAUGAAUACCCAAGCACAAGUUCGACACCGAUUGGGCGCAGGGGAUCAUAUAAAGCAUCAAGAGAACCAACCGUCGAUCGAGGCCGUUCACGUAUAUCUGUAGCUAAAGGAAGUAGCCUUAAUUUCCGUGGUCGCAAGUCGAAUUCGCUAAUGAAUCUGUGUGAUACAGAUUCGGGAUUGGGUCGUGCCACACCGCCACGUCGUGCGCCAUCGCCGGGCAUGGCCUCAGGUAGGCAUAUGCCGUCGCCAUCCGGACCGGGCUCACUGCCACCAGGUUUGAUAUCGAAACGACGCGGCUUCGAUGAUGGAUCGGGCCUGCUAUCGGCCAAUCUAGGCUCAAUGGAAUAUUCGGGUCCGAAACUGUAUAAGCAACCAGCCGCCAAAUCGAAUCGUGGAAUCAUAUUGAAUGCCGUCGAAUAUUGCGUUUUUCCCGGUGCGGUGAAUCGUGAGGCCAAACAAAAAGUACUCGAGAAGAUUGCACGCUCCGAAGCGAAACAUUUUCUCGUGCUCUUCCGCGAUGCCGGCUGUCAAUUCCGUGCAUUGUACAGCUAUGUGCCCGAAAUGGAUCAAGUAACCAAAUUGUACGGUACGGGACCUAGUCAAGUGGAUGAAGUCAUGUUUGACAAAUUCUUCAAAUACAACUCAGGCGGCAAAUGCUUUUCACAAGUCCAUACAAAACAUCUAACGGUCACCAUCGAUGCAUUUACGAUUCACAACUCGCUGUGGCAGGGCAAGAAGGUGCAUUUGCCCAGUAAAAAGGAUAUGGCGUUAGUUAUAUAAGGUGUAGCGUUACAUAAUAUGGCGCGCAAGUGGCCGCUUUACUACUAUUACCACAUAUGGCAACGCUUCUCUUUGUGUGUGUGUAUGUGUGCUCGAAGGAAUUGCCCGAUAAUGUUGUUGCUGUUAGCGGAAAGAGAAGAGAAGAGAAAACAGCCAAGACAUCAUGGAAAUUGUUGCCUGAGUUACAUACAUAUAUAUAUGUAGAUGUAAAUUGUUGGUUCGAAAGUUAUAUAUAUAUACAUACAUAUAUGCAUAUACAUUUACAUACCUAACUUAUAUAUAUAAUAUAUAAAUGGCAUCAUUGAUUGAUAAUGCAAAAAAGCAAAAAAAUAAGGAAAAUAGGAACAAAGCGCGCAAGUUUUACAAAGAAGAAAGGAAAAAGCGAGCAAAUGUUUGCGAAAAAUUGAACAAAAAGUAAAUAACUAACAUUUACUAACUGCAAAACUUAAAAGUUAAAAAGCGCUUGCGCAGCGCCGUAAAGUGUGUAAAGCGAAGAACAGUGCAAAAAGAGAGCGCUAAUGCAAGAGAGAGUUAGUCUAAACGUAACUGUCUGUCUUGUUGUGUGGCUGGAAAGCCAAAUAUAAGCUUAAGCUGGCGCAAAGUGUCACACACACACAUAUACACUACAGUACACACACACACACUUCUACAACUAGGAUAUUCAUAUAUACAUACACAUCUAUGUAUAUAGGCAUAUAUCCGCACACAUGCAUACAGAAAUUAAAGAAAAAUAUUAUUAAUAAUAAUAAUAAAUAUAUAUAUGUAUACAUAUAUUUAAUUAAUUCUCUUUUAUAAGCUUGAUAGUAUAAAACACCUGUUGAACUUAUUUAAAAAUAAUCACUAUGUAAUAUGCAUACAUACAUAUACAUACAUGCAUGCAUAGAUACAUACCUACAACUGUAUGUACAUCUAAUACGUGUGUAUGUAUUGUAUGAUAUGUGACUUAACGGCUCUUGUCAAAGUUAUACUUGUAUACUUCUUUUGCUCUUUAACUAACACACACACACACACAUACACAGACAUACACAACGAGGAAAAAAAGCAAAAAAAACAUGCAAACACGCUCACACACACCUACUCGUCGUCUGUACUAAAUACUAGUUAUUUUACAUGCUAAUUUUACAAAACAACAACAACAGCAAACGAAAAAAGCUAUAAAAACAAAUAAGUACGAAAACUAAUAGUAUUCACUGUAAUCUUACAUUUGAGUGAACUCAGAUUUAUUAUUUUAACUUUUUUUUUUUAAUUAA